AUGAAGAGCUUGAAUUUGGACGAAGAGGUUGCCUACUGUCGCGAUUUACUCGCUCAAUAUCCUCCUGGACAUCCAGAUCGAUUCGAUCCACUCAGGGAUCUGGCAGGAGUCCUUUCUCUGCGAUUUGAAGACUUAGGCGUUUUGAAGGACUUGGACGAAGCAAUCAUAUGCUACGAAGAUGCUCUCAAUAUUCUCCCACCUGAUCACAGUGACGGUGGCGCUGUCAUAUUUGACGCUGCAACUGCUCUUCAAUAUCGGUAUAACAAACUUGGCUUCAUCGAGGACCUGGAUCUUUCAAUAUCACGUUACCGCGAUUGCGUCCGUUUAUGCCCUAGUGGUCAUCUAUAUCGUCCAUGGUCUCUUCACAAUCUUGCACUCGUUCUACAGAAACGCUACGAACGCCAAGGAGGCAUAAAUGAUCUAGAGGAAGCGAUCCUAUAUAAUCGCGAAGCUCUUGAACUCCGACCACCUGGUCAUCCAUAUCGUGAAAGGUCUCUCCAUAACCUUUCUGUUGCUCUGCAGAACCGCUACGAGCAGAAGGGGUCCAUGGAUGAUCUGGAAGAUGGCAUCAAAUAUAACCGUGAACUGCUUGGUCUUCUUCCUAAUGGCCAUCCAAACCAGCUAAGGUCUAUCAAUAAUCUGGCUAUCGCCUAUGAAGCUCGUCAUCACCAUUUUGGGGCAGUAGACGACUUGCACGCAGCUAUAUUCUUGCACCGUGAGUCGCUUGCUCUCCGUCCUCCUGGACAUGAACAUAGGUCCACAUCUCUCACGAACCUUGCCAAUGUUCUUCGAACUCGUUAUUUUGUCAAUGGAAACGUGGAGGAUUUAGAAAGUGCUAUAUCAUAUAAUCGUGAAUCGUUAUAUCUCCGUCCUACUGGUCACCCAGGUCGUGCAGCAUCUCUCAAUAAUCUCGCUAAUGUUCUUUGUACUCGUUAUCAAAUUCAGGGAUCCAUUGAUGACUUGGAAGUGGCAAUUUCAUUGCACCGUGAAUCACUUACUCUUCAGUCACCUGGUCAUCCAGAUCGUCCAAAGUGUUUAUGCAAUCUAGCCAAUGCGUUGGAGACUCGCUACCUAAAGCGUGGAGCUGUUGAAGACCUAGAAGAGUGUAUUUUGUGUCACCGUGAAUCUCUUUCGCUGCGUCCCCUCGGUCACCCCGACAGGUCAGAUUCUCUCCAGAACCUUGGUGCCGCUCUUCACAACCGUUAUGAAAAUGGAAAUAAAGGAUCUAAAGAAGACCUCGAAGAAGCUAUCUUAUUGAAUCGCGAAGCACUCGCUCACUGUCCUCCGAGCCAUUUUAGACGCUCCUCAUCUCUCGGCAAUUUAGCUAUGACGCUUGAAACUCGAUACGAGACAGAAGGUGCAUUGACAGACCUGGAGGAGGCCAUCGCACUGUAUCGUGAAUCACUUGGUAUCCGUCCCCCUGGUCAUCCAGAUCGAUCAUCAUCCCUGCUCCACCUUGCUUAUUUCCUUGGGCGCAGAUUCAUCCACUCACAGAAUCCAGACGACGUUCAAGAAAGCUUUCGGUUGUACGCAGAAGCAGCCACCGAUGCUACAUCUUUUCUGCCGCAUCGACUUGAGUCCGCCAUCGGUUGGAUGGAACAAGCGCGUGUCUAUCAACAUGAUUCGCUCCUUGAAUCCUGCAGAGCUGCAUUGCAUCUCCUCAACCGCUCGCUAAUUAAUCGGGGAGAUGUUGAAUCUCAACAACGGUUCCUCGCCACUACCAUUGUUCCAAAAUAUCUGGCUUCCGAUGCAGCUGCGAGCGUAAUCAGCAUAGGAAACUUACAAGCAACGGUGGAACUUCUUGAACAAGGGCGUGCAAUAUUAUGGUCCAAAGUCAGUGCCUACAAGGAUCCACUGGAAGACCUCCGUCAAGUAGACGAGGGAAUAGAGCUUGCUGAUCGUCUGGAAUCGAUUAAUUCCCAACUUGAAAGGCUUAUUUUGAAGUCUCAGGGAUCCACUUUGGAAACCCAAAACUCCUCUUGGGAAACCGUUUUGGACACUCAAAUGCGAAGGCAUCGCAUUCUCUCGGAAGAAUGGGAGCAAGUAGUGGAUGAAAUACGCCAACUCGAAGGAUUUGAGAAUUUUUUACAAACUCCUCCAUACGCAACCCUUCAAACAGUGGCCUCAGAGGGCCCGGUAAUACUGGUUAACAUCAGCGUUCAUCGUUGUGAUGCAGUGAUUCUCGUCCGUGGCGGUACUCCGGUUCUUGUUCCACUUCCGCAUGUCGACCGUAUGUACCUCAUUGACCAGGCUGGCAAGCUUCGUUCCCCCACUGAGAAUGUCAGGAUGCUGCGGGAAUUAUGGGACACAAUUGUUUCGCCUGUCAUCGAUCGAUUAGGUGAUUUAGGGGUUCCACAUAAGUCGCGUAUAUGGUGGUGUCCAACUUCCGAGCUGUGUACUUUGCCUAUUCACGCCGCGGGUUCAUACAGGCGUGGAGCUAAAAAUCUACCUGACAUCUACAUAUCCUCAUACACCUCCACAUUGUUCUCACUGAUAAAAGCAAGAAUAAACAUAGACCAGUUACCCCGAAUUCCAAAGCUCCUCCUGGUCUGUAAUCCUGGAAAAGAUCUACUCAAAGUGUAUGACGAAGUUGCAGUGAUUCAACAGCACGGAGAUCAUAUCAGCCUUUUACUGCAAUCAAGAGCGACCUGUAGAAACGUUCUCUCGCGUCUGAAAGAGCACACAUGGGUCCAUUUUGCUUGUCACGGAAAUCUAGGAGACGAAAAUCAGCCAUUCCGCGCUUCAUUCAAGCUCUACGAUAAGCGCCUCACACUUCUCGACUUGAUGCGGGCAAAGUUACCCAAUGCAGAACUGGCCUUUCUUUCUGCCUGUCAUAGCGCAGCAGGCGACUCUCAUACACCCAACGAGAACAUUCACUUAUCAGCGGCGCUGCAAUUCUGCGGGUUCCGAAGUGUGGUGGGAACGCUAUGGGAGAUGCACGACGAGGAUGGCCCUACCAUAUCAAAAGGGUUCUAUGACUACAUGUUCCGGAAUGGACCCAUGGCUGAUUUCAAGGACUCAGCAGAAGCAUUGAAUGUCGCUGUUCGGACAAUGCGGAAGAAUGGGGUUCCACUUGAAAGAUGGAUAAUGUUUGUGCACAUUGGGGCAUGA